UACCUUUCACCUGCGUAGGUGACACACGCCGAGGUCUCGUCCUAGCGGCUGCGGAGCCUCCCGGCCGCCGGCUCCGUCGCUAGCUAGCUUAGCCGCACUCUGACUGACUUAGUGGGGUUAGCCGAAGGUGUGGGACCGUCGUGUCUGUCCACAUCCUGGAAUGGAAGUGCUGGGAGAGCAGUACUACAGAGAUGCUAUGGAGCAAUGUCACAACUACAAUGCCAGGCUGUGCGCUGAGAGGAGCGUUCGAAUGCCGUUCCUCGACUCUCAGACCGGCGUGGCUCAGAGCAACUGCUAUAUUUGGAUGGAAAAGAGACACAGAGGACCAGGCGUGGCUCCAGGACAGCUGUACACUUACCCAUCCAGGAGGUGGAGGAAGAAGCGGAGGACUCACCCUCCAGAGGACCCCAGGCUUAUCUUUCCUCCUGUCAAGUCAGAGAUAGAUUUAGGACUGAAGAAGGAUGCUCUGUUGUCAUCGGAUGGCAGCAGCCUGGAGGCCCUGCUGAAAGGGGAUUCUCUGGACAAACGAACAGCCACAGAUCUCCGAGGGUCUGAGGAGGAUUCAAACAUGAGCGAUUACACCGGAAACCUGAACCCUGCAGCCCGGAUCAGAAAGAGAAUCCUCGAGCCAGAUGACUUCCUGGACGACCUCGAUGAUGAAGACUAUGAGGAAGACACGCCUAAAAGAAGAGGCAAAGGGAAAGGGAAGGGCCGAGGAGUGGGCGGCAGCAGGAAGAAGCUGGACACAGCUGCACUGGAGGACAGAGACAAGCCAUACGCCUGUGAUAACACUAUCAAACAAAAGCAUAUUUCAAAACCUUCUGAAAGAGUCUGUGGGAAGCGCUACAAGAACCGUCCUGGCCUGAGUUACCACUACGCCCACUCCCACCUGGCUGAGGAGGAGGGUGACGAGAAGGAAGACAUGGAAAUCAACGAGCCUGCCCUGCCGCUGCCCGAGGAGCCAAAAACUCCCAAAAAAGGUCCAGAUGGUCUUGCGUUGCCUAAUAAUUACUGUGAUUUCUGCCUGGGAGACUCCAAAACUAAUCACAAGACUGGACAGUCAGAAGAGCUGGUGUCCUGCUCCGACUGUGGACGCUCAGGCCACCCCUCCUGCCUGCAGUUCACUCCUGUAAUGAUGGCUGCUGUGAAGACGUACCGCUGGCAGUGCAUAGAGUGCAAGUGCUGCAACAUGUGUGGCACCUCAGAGAAUGACGAUCAGCUUCUGUUUUGUGACGACUGCGAUAGAGGCUAUCACAUGUACUGUCUCAAUCCCCCAAUGUCUGAACCUCCAGAGGGGAGCUGGAGCUGUCAUCUAUGUCUGGCCCUUUUGAAAGAAAAGGCAUCCAUAUACCAGAACCAGAAUGCCCCACCAUCGUGAUGGCUGCUCUGCCCUGCACACGCUCAUUGCCCAACCGUCCCGCAGCAGUAUGGUUUACCCUUAAAGAUCGAUGUUAAACUCCCCUGAUAAGCUGACCUCAGAGGGAGUGUGUUCUGGACAUACAAAUUGUGAAAAGGAAGUAUGCUCUACCGGACUGGCCUCAGUUAGCCUCCGAUAUGACUGUUACACAGUUCCAACCUCAGAUUCUGUCCCAUAGAUUUUUCUUUUCACUACCUUGCCACAUAGCCAAUUUGAGCAGUUUUAAUUUUAAACACCAUAGACCGCUUUAACAGCCAAAAUAUCACCUCCUGUUCAGCUUUUUUACACAUACAAAGUUGCUAAAACCUUGUCUCUAUCUUGCAAAGUACUGAUUUUAUGACUAGAGCAGAAAUAGAGCUCACUGAAAUCCAAUAGCAUGCCAAUGCUUGCUCAUAGUAAAAAUAAAAGACGUUUUAUAAUAUUUAUAUAUUUCUAUGGUAUAUAAUAGUGUGAAGUAUGUACAAAUUGGAAAAGGAGUGGUCAUGUAAUGGUCUUUUUUUUAUUAGUGCCCAUCUCAUCAUUGUGGGAAGAAUCCACAACCACAUGUUCUUUUAUGGCACUGCUGAUAUUUGGUAAUUCAUUUGAUAGAGUCAAAGGGAUUUGCUGAGACUGUAAAUGAUUUUCCUUCUCUUCCACUGCCACUGGCUGCAUACCAGCUCACAGAAACUAAAAAAAAACAGGAACUAUGAAUAGAAAUCCUGACAUGCUCGUCAAAGUGGCCCCAAAGUCUGAGGGGUUUCAGGGAUGACAGGUUAGACUUCACUCCAGUUAUUGACUCGUGUGGUGCCUCUUGUUAAUUGAGCUGCACGCUGCUUUCAAGAUGAUGCGUGUAGAUGUACAAAUAUUCACGUUUUAUUCAGGACCUUUUUGACUAAACUCAGCUUUUCACUCUGGUCCUGAUGACUGCAGCAACACAAAGCAGGCUUGAUGUUGAUACGCGACUGACAAACACAACUGGCCUCUGUUUGAUGAAUGUGUGAUGAUGUUAAGAUAAUGGUGGUAAUUCCAGUCAGAUAUGAAUCCUGUUUGCAUUAUCAGCCAGGUAAAGGGAUAAUCGCUGUGUUCUAGCAGUUUGCUGAUUAUGCACCAUGUCCAGUGUCUGUCGAUGUUGUGACACCAAUAGAUUAUUUUAAUGCAAUUGAGGACCAUGUAGUCUCACAGAUGGUCACUUACUGACGAUGUAAAAGCAAUAUAAGAGCUCCUGUAGGACGCUGUAAUGACAGGGAUUCAUAGCAGUCGGUUUGUACUCUGUUGGCAGACAACGUGCGAUACUGUAAAUUUUCUCUAUCAGAAAAUGCUCUAACAGAUAGUGGACUGUGGCAGCAAUUCUGAAUGGCUCCAUACUGUAGAAAAGAGAUUUUAAUGUGUAUAUGUAUAGUCCUGGGGAGAUGGCCCUUUUUAUCACCGCUUUCAUAGUUUUUAUUAUGCAAUGGUUUCCUUCUGUGGCAAGGCUGAAGAAAAAGUCUGUCUGAACUGUUGAAGCAGUUCCUUUACCUCAAACAGAAACAGUAUUUAAAGGGUUGAAACAUGCUGUAGAUAGAUGGGACAAAGGCAGAGGGAUAAAUCGUAAGGACGGCUGCAGUGUCUGCUUCAAUAUCUGCAUAUUCUACAGUUAAACAGGUGCAUGUUCAGUAAUUGUCUGCGCUCUCAUAUGCUACGUAGUUGUCUCAGCGUUAGAUCGGCAAAGGUGUUGGGAAGUGGUGUAAUAUAAAUUAACCAUGCUAUCAUGUUGUUUCAAUAGCCAACUAACAAUUACUAAAGCAUUACACAAGUAUAACUUGGUUUAUUUUCUCAUCACAUUUUAAAUUUACCGUUUUAUCUAGAGACAGUGGCUUCUAGAAUAUUUUGCUGGUUGGUUUUGUAUUCAUCAGCGAUGUUUGCGUACCUGAGGUGUGGGACUUAAGUGGAAGUUGCUUUCUAGUAAAUCCUGCGAUCACCUGAGCUGCUCUCCUCCAAAGCUCAAAACAAGAAGCAAAGUCUGGAAUGUGAUUAGGAGGCGAACACUCAAUCUUUAAGUGUCCAACUUGAAACUGAACUCGCACAAACAAGAAGUUCAUCUUCUGUUGCCAUAUCAUUGUUUUUUAAAUAUCAGAUUUCCAGCUUUGGGAGAGAAUUGUUCAUCACAAAUAAUAUUUAAAUCAAGAUCGUAGGUUUACAUAGUAGGUGAAUUCUCUUAGGGUGGACUUUCAUUUGGAUUGUGAUGGAAUGUUUUAUUGUAUGAAAAUUGUCUUCAGGAAAAUAAAAUACUAGGCACUAUAA